GGUUAUCUCUCCCAUUUCCACAGCAACUUGAUCAUAUCCUGGGUUCUUAAGCGCAGGGACCAACACAAGGACACACACACACACACACAGAGACACACAAACGGGCCUUAAACCCCCUCGAGAGCAGGGUCCAACAAAGAUGUGAAGUGUAGAUGUGCAGCAACAGCUAAACGUCGUGUCAGGUUUCUGGGGGCUCGUGCUAAAUUUAACCCUGUGAUCCUGCAGCAGUCAGAGGGGUUUAAAUGCCAGCCUACAGUUGCUCCACACCAGUUGUUCUCCACACGUCUUCCACUCAUCACAAACUUAAGCUGUGGACGAAGACAAGCGCACACGUACACUCAGACACACACGCUCCAGGCGCAGGACCGGACACAACAUACAGUAGGGCAGUUCCACAGGAGGCCGGAGUUUUUGUCCCGUUUCAAGCCACUUGUCGUCCACUAUGGAGCUUUUUGAGACCAACCCGUACUUCUUCCCUGACCAGCGCUUCUAUGAGGGAGGGGACAGUUACUUCCCCUCUCGUCUGCCUGGGGCGUACGACCAAGGUGCCUACCAGGAUAGAAACUCCAUGAUGGGCUUGUGUGGGAGUCUGUCUGGAGGUGUUGGAGUUGGGGUGACAGGGACGGAGGACAAACCUUCCCCAUCCAGUCUGUCUCCUCACUCUGAGCAACACUGCCCAGGUCAGUGUCUGCCCUGGGCCUGUAAGCUAUGCAAAAGGAAGACUGUCACCAUGGACCGUCGACGAGCAGCCACCCUUAGGGAGAAGAGACGCUUGAAGAAAGUGAACGAAGCUUUUGAUGCUCUCAAGAGGAGCACCUUGAUGAACCCAAAUCAGAGGCUGCCCAAGGUGGAGAUCUUGAGAAGUGCCAUCCAGUACAUUGAAAGACUUCAAGCCCUGGUGUCCUCCCUCAACCAGCAGGACAAUGAGACAGGACAGCAGGGACUGCACUACCGACCCAGCCAGACUCAGCCCAGAGUGAGUAGGAGAUGGAAAGGAUGAAUGGAGACCAAAUGUCUAAUAUUUAACAUAGAGGACAUAGAGACAGGGUGCACUGACUGGAAAGCAGCUAUGGCAGAUGUCAAGUCAAAGAUGAAGUUUAAAGCACAGAUAGACACCUCAAAAGAGUCGAACAUUGGAUAAAUGGAAAAUUCUUGAAAAAAUAUUUUAGCUUUUGGAAAUAACUGACCUUUAACACUGCUUUGUGUUGAUCAAUGUGGUUGAAAUUAUACAACCCAAUUGGGAUCGCUUAACAUUUCUUCUCAAUUAGAAUCUGAUUGGGUUAAAAGGCUUAGUCUCCCAGGUAUUCAGGCAUAUACAAAACCUAAUUUCCUUUCAUUGUUGGCAAAAAAAGAGAAAUUUACAUGUUUGAAGUUGUCCCUUGUUUUGUCUGAGAAUAUGGAAAGUGUUUAAAGGCAUCUAAAAACUGAUUUGACAGGUGUCAUUGCUCAGUUGCUUCUGAUGACUCCUUUCCCUGUCAGUUUUUUUGUCCUUAGAUUUCUUUUUACUUCCCAUUGUUUGACUAGUCUUGUUUAUGUAGUGCACAUUUGCCGCAGAGAGGUUUCAGAAAGUUUAUGUCGUUGUCUGUGUGUGUGUGUGUGAUUGUGUGUGGUUAAUGCACUAAAGAGUGCGCUUUGUUUCUUUGAGGGGCAGGGCAUGCCAUGUCAUAACACUGAGUGACUGACAGCAACUUCUGUGCAUCUCCAUGGUAACAGGUGUCGUCGUCAAGUGAGCCUAGUUCAGGCAGCACCUGCUGCAGCAGUCCAGAGUGGAGCAGCACCCCUGAGCAGUGCACGCAGAGCUUCAGCAGUGAAGGUGAGUAAACUUCCCACACAGUCAUCAGACAGCAGAACACCAUCAGAGGAACCUCACUCUGACUCUGAGACUGAUCACGUAUGUCUUUGCAGAUCUUCUGAGUGCUGCUGACUCUCCAGAGCAUGGGAACAUGAGGGCUCUAACCUCCAUCGUGGAAAGCAUUUCUGCAGCAGACGGGGCUGUGGCUUUUCCUAUGGACAUUUCCAAAUAGACCCUCCACACAGCAGACCCAUGGGUGCAGAAAAAAAGCAAUAUGCAAAGCAAGCUGGAGAACAGUCCUAAGUUCCAAAUUGAUUUAUUUAUUUCAGCUCAACUGAUCUGAGUGUCUUAUGCUGAAGUUUAAAAGUAGGGAUUAAUUUGAAUUGUCACUGCUGAAAAAAAUGGGUCUGCAAACCAAACUAAAUUCCUUUUUUUUUUUUUUUUUUAACAAUGAGGCCUUAUUCUCUUUAUUCCCUGCCUUAUCCUGCGGUCCAGACCUGUCCAUCACAGCCACAGAAGCUUAGUCUGACCACAGAUUAAAGGACUUUGCUGCAUGAACCUAACACCUAGUUACUAGAGUGGACCUCUGUUGGUUCGGCCUUCAGUCAGGUAGAACCACAGAUGAAUACAAGGCCAAGCUUUCUUUUCACUUAAUGUAAGUUUUCCUCUUUUCAAAACCUUUCCCUCAUCUUUCAUUCUUUCUUGUGUGUGUUUUUAUGCUUAAAAAACAUGAGUUUAUUUGUGGGGCCAAUAUGUACCAUGGCAGUUUUGACCAAGAUCUGCUUAAUUUAAACUGGUUAUGAAUGCUAGUGAUGUAAAUACGUUCCCUUUUUCUACAGAGUGGUUUUGCCAUUUUAUUUUUUAUUUUUUGCUAACUUAUUUUUGACUUUUAUAACUACGAUUGUUGUGUAUUUGUAGAUGUUUCAAAAAGUAAAAAUUCCUGUCUUGCAAUAAAGACCAUUUCCAAUACAUUGUGUCAUCACUGUAAAUAGCCACCAAUGAAACCUUCACACUUGGAUAUGUGCAUUAUUUGGAGUCUAUAGGGGAGGGACAAGUGUUUUAUCAGUUUGUGUAUGUGAGUUAUUUUGUACAAUUGUGUUUCAGCAGACUUUGGUUGUAUACAGGAGAACACUUUAUCAGAGAGAGGAGAAAAAGGAGCAAUGCAUAAGCUGUGAUGCAACCCUAAACCAGUCAGUCAUUUAGAUAAAAAGGUAUAA